UCAACAUCUCUCUGGCAUCACAAGUGGCUUGCACAUUUAAAGUAGGUCUCUCUUUUCGGUUGAUAUACUCAUCUCCAUGGCGAUUUGGUUUCAGAAUUGCUAUAUGUGUACAAUCAAUUACACCAAUUGCUGUUCAACUCUAUCCACAGUCCGAGAUACCGUUGCUUGACUAACACCAAGUUCCUGACCAAUAAAUUGUUGAUAUCCAGUCUCACCGAGAUAGCGUAGAC